CCGUGAAGCCAUUGCCGGAUGAAAGGAGCUAUCCCUAAUGUGCCCCUGACCUUGCGACCCAUGGCUUAGCUGCAACAUGUGGAUCAAUUGCGAUGCCUUGGGCCUCGCCUUAUCGAUCCUCACCUGGGCAUUGCUGGCUUUUACUGACUGGGUGGUGGUGCGGUAUGUACUGUUCGCUUGGUUCUCUACGGGCCGGCCAAGAUUUCCUUGGGUGCCGUUGACCGACCUGGGCACAGCGCUGCUGGUAGUGUAUCAGCUGCUUCUGGGUCUGUCUCUGGUCUCACAUGUACGGGCUGUGACCACGGACCCCGGCACUAUCACAGUGAGUGAGCCGCCCGGCGGCUUCCAGAACCCCCGAAUCUGCAAGCUCUGCAAGGGGAUCGGGCAGCGGGAAGAUGGAGAAACGGUCAGCGAUCCUUCGCGCCAGAAUCGGUGGAAGCCGCCCCGCGCCCACCACUGCAAGACGUGUCGACGGUGCAUCUUCCGCAUGGACCAUCAUUGUCCGUGGAUCAACAACUGCGUUGGACUCACGAACCAGAAGCUCUUCAUUCUCUUCCUAAUUUAUACCUGCGCCGCCGCGGUCUACACUCUUUUGCUCCUCGCGGCCGGGGCAUUCUACUGGCUUUGGAGCCAGCAGUCCUGGUCCGACGCCCCGCCACCGGGAAGUGCCUCGCUGAUUUGUUCGGGGCUGGUGGCCAUGGAAUGCUUCGCCGCGAUGCUCUUUGUGAGCGACUUUCUGCAGGAACAGGUGGAGUCCAUCCAGAUGAAUAGCACUCUGGUGGAGACGUACCAGCGCACCCACGGCAUGCGCAGCAGUACGCAGGAGCACUUCAAGGCCGUUUUUGGCAGGAGCUGGUGGUCCUGGCCUUUGCCCUACCCUUCUGCUCCCAGGCCUGACUACACAGAGCCAGCAAUCGCUGAUGAGAUGGACAGCUGGCUGAAAGAGGAGACACAGAUGAUAACGACUGCCUGGGCAUCGCCGGGGAGGAGACCGAAGAAGCCGAAGCUUCCCGCGCACGGCCCAGGCACAGGUACACGAUGCCUGAUCACGACUAGGCUCGCAGCUAUGUCUCACCGAUUUUUUCUCGCGUGAAGGAGCUGACAGGGCUGAUGUUUCGCAGAGGAGGUGCUC